AUGCCCUCCAUUAUCCAGAAAGAAAAAACAGCCCUCAUCACCGGCGCCGCUUCAGGCGUCGGUUUCGCCAUUGCCAAACUGUGCCGCGAAAAAGGCAUGCACUUGCAUCUGGUCGACAUCAACACUGCCAACCUCAACAAAGCAAGGGGGAUUCUGGAGCAUAUCAACCCAUCGCUGAAGUUAACGACACACACGCUGGAUGUCACCGAUCAGAAUGGCUGGACGCGUAUUGCUGCAGCUAUUGACAACCUUGAUCUGGUGGUGUUGAAUGCAGGCAAGGGAUACAAGGCAUCAGGGCAGGCGGAGAAAGGCAGACUCACGCCAUGGGAAGAUCCAGAAUACUGGAAGAAGACCCUCGACACCAACGUCUUUGGCGUGCUGUACGGCAUCUCCGCCCUCCUGCCCAUCCUCAAAUCCACCUCUUCUGCCAAAUCCAUCGUCAUCACCGGCUCCAAACAAGGCAUCACCAAUCCCCCCGGCGGUGCAAACCCAGCCUACAACGCGUCCAAAGCAACCAUCAAGAACCUAACCGAGCAUCUCGCCCAUGAUCUCCGGUCGGAUCCGUCUACAACGCACAUCUCCGCCCAUUUAAUCAUUCCCGGCUGGACGUGGACCGGGUUUAUGGGGAAUGUUGGGCCGGAUGGGGGUGUGCAGAAACCGGCGGGUGCGUGGGAUGCGCGACAGGUUGCGAAGGAGUUCGAGGCUGGACUGGAGAGGGGAUCGUUUUAUAUUGUUUGUCCGGAUGGAGAGACGGAUAAGGCGUUGGAUCAGGCGAGGAUGAAAUGGGGAAGUGAGGAUGUGGUGGAGGAUAGACCGGCGUUGUCGCGAUGGGAUGGAGAGUGGAAGGGAGAAGCAGAAAGGUGGAUUCAAGAGGAGGCAGGGAGGAGAAGAUAG